AUGAAGGGGAAGAGAAAAGUUCAGGAAGAAAGUGAGAUACCCAGUUCUCCUUCUGGGUCAGAAGAUGAGGAAUUACUGGCGAGCCUGUGCAUGUCUCAUCACUUUGUUGAUGAGAAAUCUGAACAAAGGUUCAAUGAGAUAAAAAAUCUCAACACAAUUGUUGAAAGAAACGUGAAUGUCAGCAAUCUCAAGGAGCAGGGGAUCUGGGACUUCCUGGAAUGUCUAGGCUUAGGAGAAACAACCACCUAUGCAUGUCCACACAGCAAAAUUCUGGUCAAAGAAUUUUAUGCAAACCUCACUAAGAAGAUUGUAAAGGCAGGAGAUCCAAUGUACCAUCGGGUGUACAUAAGAGGGAAGAUACUGCACUUUUCUCCAGCAGUAAUCAACAAGUUUUUGGGCUUGAAGAACACAGUUGUGACAAUCAUGGACGAGUUGGACAGAGAGAUUGACCAGAAAGAGCUGGAGAUAGCGCUCACUGAUAGCUAUGAUGAAAAGAGAAAAGGAGAGAUAGCUCCAGUAGAGCUGAAUUUCGAGUCCUCAGUAUUGUUCAAGAUUGCCAGAUCAAACUGGUUACCCACUCAACGAUCAAGUCUGAUUCACAAACGGAUGGCAGUACUCAUCUACUGCGUUAAGAAGGGGAUCAAGAUCAACUAUGGAAACAUGAUCUUCGAUCAUAUUCUGGAGAGAGCAAUGAACUUCAGAGCAAGGUUCAGACUACCUUAUCCCUGCUUAAUUCAAAGCAUCCUCACUAAGCAGUGCCCUAAACUGGUUGAUCCCAAGGAGAAUACCGAGGUUAUUCAAAAACCCCUUGUGGUUGAGACUAGGAUCAAAAGGAAGAAAGGAAAAGAAAAGAAGGAUAUCAAGAAGAUGCUGGAAACACUCAAGGAUGCAGAAAAAGCACUGAUAAAGAUGGAGCUCGGAUUAAGGAAGCAGGCAACACAAUGUCAGCAAAUCCGUGCAACAGUUCAUGAAUAUGUCGAAGCAACUCUGAGUAAUGUGUUCAUUAUUCAUUCAGGGGGAGAAAUUGAGGAAGCAGAAGGAGACCUCGAUUCAGAAGAAGAAGACUCAGAGGAGGAGGAAGAAGGAGAUGAUUCUGAGAUGCCUAAACCGACUUCUAAGAAAGCGGAGGCAUCAAAGAAAUCAGGAACGAGCAGGAAGACUAGAAGAGCCAGGAGUCCUUCUGAUGACUCAUCACUUCGUUUUUUAGUUUCGUUUGCUUAUGAUCUGAACUUUUAUACUCUUGAUGAUUCUAUGUGGUGA